AUGUCGUUCGAGCACGCUCCCGUCACCAAAGGUCUCAUGAUGGGUAGUGCAUUGACAUCCAUUGUCGGUGGCAUAUUCGAUGUCAAGCACUACUUACACCUUCAGCUCGUGCCUCACGUGUCACGCAACCAUCAGUACUGGCGUCUCUUGCUUCACCAUACUGCGUUCUCAAAUUCAAGCGAUCUCCUCAUUGCUGUGAUUGUGCUAUAUGGCGUCGGUGUACAUGUAGAACGUCAGUUUGGAAGUGUCAAAUUCGCGUCAUUUACCGUCGCCUCCGUUCUACUUGCAACGAUACUAGAGUUUCUUGCUCUCAUACUAUUCCACAAUAUGGGAAUCAACCAGAUCCCAUCUGGUCCAUCGGCGCUACUGUUCAGCAUCCUAUAUCAGUGGUAUAGGCUAAUUCCUCCAGCGUACCAUUUUCGAAUAUUUGGAAUUGCUGGAAGCAAUAAAGCAUUCAUGUACAUACUCGCUUCUCAGCUUGCUUUAGGGCACCUUCCGGGUUCAUUUGCCUCGGCGGUCGUUGGACUACUCACUGGCUACAUUUAUCGUUCAGAACUAGUCAAUAUUAAAAGCUGGCGACUAUCCCCGUCCGUAAUUCGCUUUAGUACGCGUUUCUUACUUCCAUUAGUGGGCUCUACUCGCGCACCACGACGGUCUACCCGCGCUCGUCCCGAAACAACCCAUCAAGCGCCAAGCCCUGACGUCGGGAAUGAAGAGAUAAUUGCCACCGCGCGUCCUUCCGCAGGCACAGAAGAAACGGGAGGUUCUGUCAUGCGGGAAUGGGUUAACGAACUCACGGGGAGGAACGAGCAAGGCACCACAGGGGUUCGUGUCCCGACUGACGCUGAGAUUACUCAGUUGACAACAAUGUUCCCAAAUAUGCAACGAGCCGUUAUCGUCGGGGCGUUACAAAGGAGGUUAGCUUUCCUAUUAUUCCAAAGAUAG